CGUCUCCCCCUCCCUCUCCGCGCAGUGGCGUGGCGCGAAAAUGCCUCGCCGGGGCGCGCCGGGGCGGCAGCCGCGCCGGCAAGAGCGGUGGGAGGGGGUCACGGGCGGGGGGGCGAGGUGAGAGGUGGCGACGGGUUGAGGCUUUUUUUUUUUUUUUUUUCCUUUUCCCUUCGGAGCGGGGGUUUUGUAAACCGAAGCCAGUGUCCCCGUGGGCCGGGCGCACUUUUUUUUUUUCCUUGUCCCGGUGCGCUCAGAGCCGCCUGGUGCCUGAGAGGAAACAGUGGAGGCAGCGGGGCAGGUCACCCGGGGCGUCGGCGAUUAUAUUGAGGCUGAACCGGCGCGCGCCGGGAGAAGCCGGGCGGGCGUGGAGCGCGGGGGGCUGGGCGAGGCCCUGCGAGCCGCCAGGGAGGCGGCGCGAGGGCGAGGCGGCGGGCGCGAGAGCCGGGCAUGAGCGCCCAGUAGCGCAGCGCCCGCGGCGGCCGGGCCUCAGAGGCGACUGGCGCGCGGGCGGGCGCGCGGGCGUGCGGGCCGGCGGCGGCAGCGACGUAGCCCGGCGGGCCCAGCAGCGCGAGCAGCCGCCCCAGAGGCCCUCGCGGCAGUGCGGCCACGGUGAGGCGCGCGCCCUGCCUGCACGGUGCCGCCCGCCCGCCCGCCCGCCCGCCGCUCCUCGACCUCCCCCGGCCGCCGCCCCGAUGAGCUCGUACUUCGUGAACCCGCUGUACUCCAAGUACAAGGCGGCGGCGGCGGCGGCGGCGGCAGCGGCGGCGGCGGGCGAGGCCAUCAAUCCCACUUACUACGACUGUCACUUCGCGCCCGAGGUCGGCGGCCGCCACGCCGCCGCCGCCGCCGCCGCCCUGCAGCUCUAUGGCAACAGUGCCGCCGGCUUCCCGCACGCGCCCCCGCAGGCGCACGCGCACCCGCACCCGCACCCGCACGCGCACCCGCACCCCUCGCCGCCGCCCGGCGGGCCGGCUUGCAGCGGAGGGGGCGGCCGGGGCCCGGGCCAGGACUACUUCCUCCCCGGCGGAGGCAGCCCGGCCGCAGCCUUCCAGGCCGCCCCCCCGCCGCCGCCUCCGCACCCUCCGCCUCCGCCGCCGCCUCCCCCCUGCGGCGGGAUGGCCUGUCACGCGGAGCCCGCGAAGUUUUACGGAUACGAUAACUUACAGAGACAGCCGAUUUUUACGACCCAGCAAGAGGCCGAGCUGGUACAAUAUCCUGACUGUAAAUCGUCCAGUGGUAAUAUUGGCGAGGACCCAGACCACUUAAAUCAGAGCUCGUCUCCGUCUCAAAUGUUUCCCUGGAUGAGACCACAAGCUCCUGGUAGACGGAGAGGAAGACAAACCUACAGCCGGUUCCAAACCCUAGAGCUGGAAAAGGAGUUCCUCUUUAACCCUUAUCUGACCAGGAAGAGAAGAAUCGAGGUUUCCCACACUCUAGCCCUCACCGAGAGACAGGUGAAGAUCUGGUUCCAGAACAGGAGAAUGAAGUGGAAAAAGGAGAACAACAAAGACAAGUUCCCUGUUUCCCGACAGGAGGUGAAAGAUGGGGAAGCCAAAAAGGAAAUCCAAGAGCUGGAGGAAGACAGAGCCGAAGGCCCGACCAAUUAACUUCUAUUUAAACAUUUAAAAAAAAAUUACCAAAGACUGUUAAAACUAAUGAUCAACAUAUGCUGGUGGACACCAUCUAUUUUCCUGGUUGGAAAAGACUUUACCUGUAAUUUAAGCUACCUUCUUGUAUGGCUCUUGAGGUUUCUUUGCUUGGAAAGGGAUUUGAAUGUCUCCAGAGAUUUUACUAUGGUAGAGAAACAGCCCCUAGGCUGUGCUAUGUAAGGGUAUUUGAUACUGACCUUGUAGCUAUAUUUUUAUGAUGCUAAUUUUAAAUGAGUUUGUGAUUUGCCUCAACAACAUAAACUUCCUAAUGGUUAGCACUAAAUAACUGAAUCUAAAAUGCUUUAUUAAUCAGACAAGUGCACUUGAACAUUUAAAUCUUUUCUUUAUGGUGAGUAAAUUAAAAGAAAGAAGUCUAUUAAUUUUUUAAAGAAAAUUAUGCCUGCAGAAUAUUUACUUUCUAUUAUUUGAUUAAAAUGUAUUAUUUAUAUUUUCA